UGUUUUUGUAAAUAAAUAAAUAAACACGAUCCAGAUCCAUAUAUAUAAUGAGAUAAUCUAGUUCAUUAGAAAUGUUAUCUUUUCUAUUAUUUUUAACAAUUUUAUUCAUUUCAUGGCUCAUUUUGAAACAUCGAAUAAUCAAAAUUAAUAUUAAUCAUAAUGUUUUAUUGGUCACUGCACAUCCAGAUGAUGAAUUAAUGUUUUUCGGUCCAACAUUAUUAAAUGAAAUUCGUUCAAGAAUUGAAAAUUAUGACGAAAAACGACCAACAAAAAUCCAUCUACUUUGUCUUUGUACCGGUGAUUAUUAUGGUGAUGGUGAAAAACGUAAACAAGAAUUAAACGAUGCUUUGAAUGAAUUAUUUCGAUCAACAUUCGAUAAUUCAUCUGUGAUUAAUUCGAAAAAAUCAAUGCAAGAUUUAUUGAAUGAAUUGUUCAUCUGGGAAAUUCGUGAUGAUCCUGAAUUGAUAGAUUCACCUGUGGCCGAUUGGCAACCAUAUUAUAUAAUGAAAAUUAUUCAAGAAUAUUGUCAACGAAAUGCAAUCACAAAAAUCAUUACAUUCGAUCAAUAUGGUGUUAGUGGUCAUUCAAAUCAUUCAGCCAUAUAUGAAGCUGUCAAUAAGCUAACUGAAUUCAAAAAUUUAAACAUAGAGAUUUGGUUCCUAAAAUCUGUAUCAAUCAUACGAAAAUAUCUAGCCAUAUUUGAUAUCGUAUUCACUGUAUUAUCAUCAUCAUUUCAAAAUAAUUGGAACAUUUAUUUGAUAUCAUCAUUAAAAGAUUAUCUAAUCAUUGUACAUUCAUUACGAAAACAUUAUAGUCAAAUGGUUUGGUUUCGACGGCUACUAUAUGCAUCUACAUCACGUUAUUUAUUCAUCAAUUCAUAUCAUCAAGUGAUAUUCAAUCAAACAGAUAAAAAAUUCCAAUAAUUGAUCCAUUUU